UGCUCAGUCAACCACAGCCGAUCUUAAACUCGUUGCGACUCACACAUCAUACAUCGUACGUUAUUUUGGGGCUUCCAUACAUUCUACGUCAACAGCUGUCAAAAGGCAUCAGCGACCAGCUUCCAAUUCUACUGGAUUAUUCCUGGUAAACUGAAUGGUUAGAGCCUCUGGAUCAUGAUUGUUGAAACUGUUUUCUCCUUGUUUCUGGUGUGGUUCGCUUGGUAUGCAGUCAAUACAUACACAAAGCGAAGAAACAUGCCUCCUGGACCGUUCCCAUAUCCGUUCCUUGGCAACCUUCCUCAAAUCAUCGCUGCAGAUCCCGUGAUGCCCUUUACCGAACUAGCAAAAAAAUAUGGAGAUAUUUACACACUUACACUCCCCGAUGGCCGAGAUGGUGUGGUUUUGAACACUGCUUCGCUUGCGCGCGACGCAAGACGAGCAGGACGGCAAGAGGACCUUGCAGGAAGAUCGGAAAAGAUUUCAGACCCUUGGAGGAAGAUGUUCGGUAAAGAUGUGCUCACGUCCGAUUAUUCAUCCGAAUUUCGUUUUCGGAAGAGGGUGUUGUUAUCUGCUCUGCAUGUUUUUGGCCCCGCGAUAGAACAAGUGACCGAUCGUGCCAGACAUGCUGUUGAUACUAUGGUCGAAGAGAUCGAGUCGAAGCCCGGACAUGCAUUUUCGCCUAAAGAACUUAUGGAAUCUGCCAUUCUAGUCCAGCUUUGGAAGUGGCUCACAUCGAAAGAUGUUAGCUUGAAUGAUCCAACAGUGAAAAAACUGGCCGAGUUUGCAGAACUAUUUGCAAAACAAGCUAUCCUCAAUCCUGUAUUUCAGCUUUUUCCAUUUUUGACGUAUCUUCCAACGUCAUUUUCUCGAGAUUUCCCACCGGAAUAUCGAGUUCACCGGGAAAGUUACUGCCCGAGUGUUCUACGCGAUCUUACCGAUAGCUUCAUCAGUGCUUACGAAAAGGAGAUUAGUAAGGAGAAUUCGAAAGACGUUGGCUCUAUAGACGAUAUACCAUACCUAAUGCUGAAUGUUGCUAUGGGCGGAUCAGAAACAACCUCAAGUUCGCUUACUUGGUUUUUUCUAUUCAUCGUCUUGCAUCCCCAUGUACAGACUAGGAUUCAGGAAGAACUUAACGAGAUCGUAGGCAGAGAUCGUUUGCCCCGUUGGGCGGAUUUACCGAACUUGCCAUACUUACAAGCUACUUUGUGUGAAACUCAAAGAGCAUCCAACGUAAUCCCUGUUGUCACGACGGAUGCAUAUCGUGACACAACAAUCGCUGGGUAUCACAUUCCAAAAGGUACGUCCAUUUACCUGAAUUUGUCAAAAAUUCAUCACGAUGAACGGGAAUGGGUCGAACCAGAUGAGUUUAGGCCCAAACGAUUUCUCGACAGUGAUGGAAAGUUUGUAGGCUGGAACAAACUACACAGUUUUUUACCUUUUGGCGUUGGCCGUAGAGAAUGUCCUGGCCCAUCCUUGGCAAAGGUGAUGAUGUUCACGUUUGCGUCAGUUUUAUUACAUCGUUACAACUUUUUGUUGCCUGAUGGAGCGGAAAGACCAACCACUAAGGUUUCUUUCCCCGCAGCAAUACUUCGUCCAAAUUAUUAUCAAAUAGUUGCAAAGCAACGAAGUUUUAGGAUAUCUUAAAUUAAUUUUGGACCGAACCAGACUGUUUCUGCCCACCUUAACGAAGUAACAUUGCCAACAAUUUUCACUUGUGUAAGCGCUGCACUUAAAAUAAUUUAUUUCACUAUUAGCCUGAUCCAGAGUUACUGGCUAUUCUUUUUGGUUGAGAGAAGUACAGUGUUUUCAUUCAUUGCACAUCAGCCCACUUGAUGAAUUUUCUAAAAAUAGACCAAAUAGACCAGAAUCUUCAAUGCAUUGGUGGUGUGCCCUCAGCAACUCGGGAGUUCUAUUUCGUUCCUACCAGAAGACCGAUAGUUGCACAUUUUCCCAGCUGCAUGUUCCUAGCUUGAAUUUGACAUGUGUACGGUAUCUUAUAUUUUUCUCGAAGUAACCGUUUUCUGGAUGCCUGGAUUGCAUGGUUGUGAUUCGCUAGUUACUGUAUAUGAGCUGUUCUGCAAUCUGAUUGGUGGAGAUGCUCACCAGAUAUCAGCUCAUAGAUUACGAAAAUCACUAAGCUGCCGACACUACCGCUAUCAUUUUCAAAAGGAAGAAGACCUUUGACAUUCAAAGUUCAAAUUCGGUUAAAUCAUGUGAUCAAAUCGGUUC